AUGCAUUAUCAAGCAGUGCAAGAAAGGGGUCAUUCUUAUCCAACCCCACAUGAAGAAGCAGUUUCUGUAGCUUCAAUGGCAACAGAAUCUAGUGACAAAGAAUCUCAAGGCACAAGCUUUGGCAGUACUACUGAUUCUCAAUACAAUCCUAGUGAUGUAGAAACCGAUAGUACAAGCUCUAGUGGUACUGAUGAUUCAAACAACAACGUGGCACAUAGCGUCUGGCUUAGUACUAUAACAACAACCCUGAUUGAUUGUUUUAAAAGAGAUUAUUCUGAAUGGACUGAUGUAGCUAGCAAGAGUUUCAAGGACCUAAAACAAGCCUUGACUAUAGCUCCCAUAUUGGUUGUUCCACGUUUUGAAAAGGUCUGUGACCUUGAUUGCUCGAGGGGAUGUUCCAUUGUCUAUUAUCGUGACAGCGUGCACUACUCUUGGAGCAGUGCUUCUGACUCCUUCUUGACAAAGAUACUAUCAGAAACUUUAGUUCCUGUAGAUGCUAUUAAACUUUCCAUCAGCACCCUGCAGGUGGUGGUCGCACCUAUUCUGUUAGGUGCUUAUAUACAGAGUGCAUUUCCUGCGGUUGUGAAAAUUGUGACACCUUUCGCCCCACUUUUUGCUGUUUUGGCUUCAUCAUUACUCGCAUGCAGUGUAUUUUCAGAAAAUAUUGUUCUGCUCAAUUCAAUGGUUGGUGCAUCAUUGACAUCUGAUCUCUCUCCACUACGCCAAGCUCAAGCAAUAUUAUCUGGUGAACUGGGGGUUGUAAUGCUUGCUGUGGCAUUAUUACAUUAUGUUGGUUUCUUUGUGGGGUUGGCAUGCAAAAUUCUUCCUUAGGUGUGGUUUUAGCAACCUCCCAUUUUUCCUCGCCAAUGGUUGUGGUACCUCCAGCUGUGUCUGCUGUGAUAAUGAAUGUGAUGGGUAGCAGUUUGGGUUUCCUUUGGAGAUACAAGAACCCCUCAGAUUCUGAAAGUAGUCCUAAAAUUGAUGAUAAGUGACUAUGAAACUCCUUUUGAGUGUACUCCAUUGGAAUUGUUAAAAGCUUAAGUUUACUCAUCAAUUAAAAGUGUGUAUACAAGAU